CGUUACUAACGUAGCAGUUUGCGUACUGCUUUAUAACGUAGAGCUGUUCUGUGGUAGGGAGACGUGAUUAAGUUGUCUCGGUCGUCUCCUGUAGUAAAAAUAAGCGCCGAUAUUGUAUGGACAUUAAAAAGUGGUGCCGACGAAGAUCAGCUUCAGUUAAAUGACUCGGUUAGCCAACUAGUCGUUCCUCUUUCCACCCGGAAGAACAGCAAUGGAGUUUCUCCCAGUACUCGACCCUCUAGAUAAACCCAAAAAAGGAAUAUGGUAUUCUUUGAUACCCAGGGGAGGCGCUCCAGGUGUUACUGUGGGUCACACUUGCACAUUUAUCCCUUCUGCUGAUGGAGGAAAAGGAAGAAUCUUUAUUGUUGGAGGAGCCAACCCCAGCGGCAGUUUCUCGCAUUCACAUAUCAUAAAUCUAGACAAUCAUGAAUGGGACAUCCCAGAGUGGGAGGGUUUGGAGUCACGGUAUGAACACUGCAGCUUUGUGCCAGAGAGCUGCCCUCAGAGCCUGUGGGUGUUUGGAGGGGCACAGCAGGCUGGCAAUCGCAAUUGUAUCCAGAAUUUACAGCUACAAGAGAGUGGGUCCUGCUGGAAGACUGUAAGUGUGAAUGGCAGAUCUCCCAGUCCCAGGACAUACCACACCAACUCGGCGUGCCUAGGGGACAAGCUGUAUGUCUUUUCUGGUGGUGAAGCAGGAGCUGCACCUGUCUCAGACCCAAAACUUCAUGUCUUUGAUACAGUGUCAUCCACCUGGUCCCAGCCAGAAACACAAGGUCGAAACCCACCAGCCAGACAUGGGCACAUUGUUGUAGCAGUGGGUUCAAAGAUCUACAUUCAUGGAGGGAUGGCAGGAGACAAAUUCCACAAUGAUAUUUACUAUCUUGACACAAGGAGCAUGAAGUGGGAUAAAGUACAGGCCAAAGGAGACAUCCCACCAGGUGUAGCAGCCCAUUCAGCUCUUGUGCUGGGCAAGAACAUCUACAUUUUUGGGGGAAUGACUGCAGAUGGAGCUAGCAACACCAUGUACAGAUUCAACACAGACAAAAGUAGAUGGGUCCUUAUGAAGUUUGAGGGGGAUUUGCCUCCCAACCGCCUGGACCACUCCAUGUGUUUAGUGGUAUGGACGGUGUGUGGUGAGGGAAAUGGAGAUGAGGAAAACAGCCCAGCAGCCUCAGAGACAGUGAAUCUGGCCUUCAUAUUUGGAGGAAUGGACACUCAGGGUGUCAUUCAUAAUGACUGUAUUGUGACUGUGGUGACAUGAUGUGUCUUUAUGUUGUAAUACUCAUUUACUUAAACUGUAAUAAAAUAUUUGU